AUGUCCGUCAGCAGCCACGAGAACCGAAAAUCCCGCUCCAGCUCCGGUUCCAUGAACAUCCACCUCUUCCACAAGCCGGGCCACGCCGACAGCCUCCUCACCCACCUCAACCUGCUCCGCAAGCGGCACCUCUUCACCGACGUGGUGCUGCGAGCGGGGAACCGGGCCUUCCACUGCCACCGGGCCGUCCUGGCCUCCUGCAGCCGCUACUUCGACGCCAUGUUCAGCGGGGGCCUGAAAGAGAGCAGGGACGCCGAGGUCAACUUCCACGACUCCCUCCAUCCCGAGGUGCUGGAGCUGCUGCUGGACUACGCAUACUCGGCCCGGGUGCUGAUUAACGAGGAGAACGCGGAGUCCUUGCUGGAGGCCGGGGACAUGUUGCAGUUUCAGGACAUUCGGGAUGCUUCGGCCGACUUUCUGGAGAAGAAUCUCUACCCUGGGAACUGCUUGAACAUGCUGCUGCUGUCCGAUGCCCACUGCUGCGAGCGGCUCUUGGAGCUGUCCUGGAGGAUGGCGUUGGCCAACUUCACCUCGCUCUGCAAGACCGAAGACUUCCUCCGACUGCCCAAAGACAAGCUGCUGGAGCUGGUGGAGAGCGAGGAGCUGGAGGUAGAGGAUGAGACGUUGGUCUACGAAGCUGUUAUAGGUUGGAUCCGGUACGAUUUGCCCCGACGCCAUGAAGUUCUGCCGGAGUUGCUGCGCUCCGUCCGCCUGGCCCUUCUGCCCGAGUCCUACCUGCGGAAGCAAGUGGCCUGCGAGAAGCUGGUGACCAGCCACAAGCUGGGGGAGGAGAUCGUGGCCGACGCCGUACGGUGCAAAAUGAAGAUCCUGCAAAACGAUGGGCUGGUGACAGGGUGCUGUGCCCGACCCCGCAAGGUCAGCCAGGCCCUGCUGCUGCUCGGUGGCCAAACCUUCAUGUGCGACAAGAUUUACAUGCUGGAUCAUAAAACCAGCGAGAUCAUUCCGCGUGCUGACAUCCCCAGCCCUCGUAAAGAGUGCAGUGCCUGCGCCAUCGGGUGCAAAGUGUACAUCACCGGUGGCAAAGGCUCCGAGAACGGCGCUUCCAAAGACGUCUGGGUUUACGACACCCUCCACGACGAGUGGGCGAAAGCCGCUCCCAUGCUGGUGGCGCGGUUCGGCCACGGCUCCGCUGAGCUGGACCACUGUCUGUACGUGGUGGGGGGUCACACAGCAGUGAGCGGCGCCUUCCCGGCCUCUCCCUCCGUCUCUCUCAAGCAACAAGUCGAACACUACGACCCGCAGCUGGACAAAUGGUCCUUGGUGGCUCCUCUCCGAGAAGGUGUAAGCAACGCCGCCGUGGUGGGAGCCAAGAUGAAGCUGUUUGUUUUCGGUGGCACCAGCGCCAACCAGGAGAAGCUGCCCAAGGUGCAGUGCUUCGACCCCUGCCAGAACCGCUGGACGGUGCCCGCCAGCUGCCCCCAGCCCUGGCGGCACACGGCCGCCGCCGUGGUGGGCAGCCACAUCAUCGUCAUCGGGGGGGACACGGAGUUCUCCGCCAGCUCCGCUUACCGCUUCCACAGCGACACCUACCAGUGGUCCAAAUUCGGGGACGUCACCGCUAAGCGCAUCAGCUGCCGGGCCGUUACGUCGGGUAACAGACUGUACGUGGUGGGGGGCUACUGUGGGGCUCAGCGCUGCAAAACGCUGGACUGUUACGACCCAUCGUCCGACACCUGGAGCAGCGUCACGACAGUGCCUUACUCCCUCAUCCCCACCGCCUUCGUCAGCACCUGGAAGUACCUGUCUGCCUGA